AUGACUGAGAAGCUCGAUGUUGCGCGCGAGCUGGCCAAGUCUGUCAGCUAUGGUCACACCUUCGGCUUCGUUCACAAGGAUGUCCGCCCUGAGACAGUCCUCACCUUGGAAGAAGCUAAAACGUCUAGUAGGUCUACGUUCCUGGUUGGCUUCGGUCUUAUUUUCGACGGCAUCCACAUAAAAUACCCGGCAAGGGUGAAGGAUAAAUUCAUCGAGAUGGCGCACAUCCAAUUACCAGCAUACAUGGUGUCAAGAUAUGCUCAAGUCGUCCACACAUGUCUGACUUGUCUUGAUCCGGACAAUAUCGAUUUCGGACCUGAGGCGGAGUUUCCAGAUGAAGAUGGCAUUCGCUUUGGAGUAGGGUUCUGCUCCGGCUAG